AACAAAUGAAAAGGGAAAGCUGCUCUUGUCUGCAUUCCACCAUUACUCUACUCACUUCUCUUGCAAUUGAUUAAUUAAUUGAUAUUAUUUUAUUGUUUCCAAUUAUUCUCUGCUUUGCUAUGCUCUUUCAAUGGCUGUAUUGCUUCGCUGAAAGUAGAGGCUAAACAAACGCAAUCUUUCCCUUCCCAAAGGCUAAAACUCAACCCCCAUGGCCCGAAGAUCCAUUCCCCUCCUCAGACAACUCUGGACCUUACCGUCUUUUAAUCUGACACCAACUCGAUCCGUCACCUACAUGCCCCGCCCAGGCGACGGUGCGCCGCGAGCCGUUACCUUGAUCCCUGGUGACGGGAUCGGACCUCUUGUGACGGGUGCUGUGGAGCAAGUGAUGGAAGCGAUGCACGCGCCUCUAUAUUUCGAGCGAUACGAGGUUCACGGCGACAUGGAGCGCGUGCCUGAAGAAGUGAUCCAAUCAAUUAAGAAGAACAAAGUCUGUUUGAAAGGAGGAUUGGCUACGCCGAUGGGAGGAGGUGUGAGCUCGCUUAAUGUGCAACUGAGAAGAGAGCUGGAUUUGUACGCUUCGCUCGUCAAUUGCUUCAAUUUGCCUGGCUUGCCCACAAGGCAUCAGGAUGUUGAUAUUGUGGUGAUCAGAGAGAACACCGAAGGCGAGUACUCUGGCCUCGAACACGAGGUCGUCCCUGGAGUCGUCGAGAGUCUUAAGUUGAUAACAAAGUUCUGUUCGGAGCGCAUUGCAAAAUAUGCAUUUGAAUACGCUUAUUUAAACAACAGAAAGAAAGUGACCGCCGUGCAUAAAGCCAACAUCAUGAAGCUUGCUGAUGGGUUGUUCUUGGAAUCUUGCCGAGAGGUUUCUACCAAGUAUCCAGGGAUUAAGUACAAUGAAAUAAUCGUGGACAAUUGCUGUAUGCAGCUUGUUUCCAAGCCUGAGCAGUUUGAUGUCAUGGUAACACCCAAUCUUUAUGGCAAUUUAGUUGCAAAUACAGCUGCUGGUAUUGCUGGGGGCACUGGAUUUAUGCCUGGAGGCAAUGUUGGGGCUGAUCAUGCUGUUUUCGAGCAAGGGGCUUCUGCAGGAAAUGUGGGCAAUGUGAAUCUGGUGGAACAGAAGAAAGCAAACCCUGUGGCCCUGCUUCUGUCGUCUGCUAUGAUGUUAAGACAUCUGCAGUUUCCCUCAUUUGCAGAUCGAUUGGAAACUGCUGUGGAACGGGUUAUAUCAGAUGGCAAGUACCGUACAAAGGACCUUGGAGGAACUAGUACUACUCAAGAAGUCAUUGAUGCAGUCAUAGCUGCAUUAGACUGAGCAAGAAGAUAAUCGACUAAUCACAGCUUUACCAUUUACCCGCAAGUUAUAGGGCAAUUACACCCAACGCAAGUUAUGACCAGGCAACCAAUCCUGACAACUUUUGGUGCUAUCAAACUCUGAAUAUUCAUGAAACCUGCAUUUAACAGCCCAAAAAUACCAUGAUAGAGAUCAAUGCUUUUGAUACUUGGACUACUACAACACAAACUACGAUUCCUUUGAUUGGAAUGUCCACUAAUAAUAGUAUAAAAUAAUCACUCUUCCACCUUAUAUUUAAAUAAAAUUGUGGGUCUGUUAAUCGCGAUUUUAUUGUAUUAAUGGAUGUAAUUUGCAUUUAAAGUCAGUAUAUCAGUUUUCCUAUCUCA